AUGGCGAGAUCAAAAAGCCCUUACCUCACACGCUUCCUUUCCGACUUCACCCUCGGAUUCUCCGAUGGCUUGACCGUCCCUUUCGCCCUCACCGCAGGGCUCAGCUCCCUGGGGAAAGCAGAUACCGUCAUAUACGCAGGUCUCGCUGAAUUGUGUGCGGGGAGCAUUAGCAUGGGCAUCGGUGGUUAUCUCUCCGCCUUGGACGAGGUUCCUUCUUCAAAAGGAUAUAGCGACGAGCUUAGGGGCCAUGGCGACGAAGCGGAAUUGAGAGGCAUAUUCCACGAUGCAAGCUCGCGGAGCUCGACUAUUAACACUAGCGACGAUAUUAACGAGAAGGAUGACCAGGAAUCAAGCGAGGAUCUCAUCCGCUACCACCUCGAGCCUCUGGCGCUUCCGAACAUCAAGGUACUAGAGAUCCUUGCGACGCUUCGCAACCGUCCGGGUGGUGUCGGACACGCUGUUCUUAGCUUACAACAACAUAAUGCGGCGGCAGAGACACCCUUUGAUCAACUUCCAAUCGUGCCCGUCUCCUCGGGGCUGUCCAUCUCGCUGGGUUAUGCUAUUGGCGGCAUCAUCCCCCUCUUUCCGUAUUUCUUUGCUUCAACCGUUGGCAGGGGUCUGCAAUGGAGCAUAGCUAUGUUUCUAAUGGCCCUCAUCGCAUUUGGCACCGGAAAGAGCUGGGUUCUGCGCGGUGAAGAGAGGACCCUGAAGAGGAGCCUAUGGGAAGGGUUUCAGAUGCUCAUCUUAGGCAGUGUGGCUGCCGCUGCUUCCGUCAUUUGUGUGAAUCUUGUUGGGGGAAAUGCUAAAUCGUUAAAUGAGGAGGGGUAA